AUGGAAAUUGAGACUAAUUUUAUGGUCUCUAGUCCGAGGGGAUUAAUUAGUCCUCGUGGACCAAUAACAUCUUCACUCAGUCCACUCAGAACAAUGCCUUCUCCACCACUAAAAUCAACAACAAAAAAUUAUAAUCAAUCAGAUCAAAUUGCAAAUACCACAACUAUUAUGUUGGCAACUACCUCUUCACCAUCGUUCAAUUCCAACUCAAUUGAACAAUGUGAACAAGCAGGCAAUUCAAAUGAACGAUCAAAUAAUUAUAAUAAAUUGGAAACACCAAUCAUCAACAAUGCCAACAGUAAAUCAGAAAACAAUAACAAAACAACAAUUUCACCAACAAUCAGUCAUUGUGAUCUAUCAUCUGAUUUAAGUUCGUGUAGUGAUCUCAGUGAGAAUGAUGACGAGUCAGACUCUGAUAGUUGCCACAUGACAACUGAAGAGGAGUUGGCAUACUCAAAGAAAUCAUUGGCUCAAGCCAAAUCCACAAUUUCUUCUCUUAUUGAACAGAUAUCAGACUAUCAAACAAUGGUAGAAGAAGAAAAAGAAAGAGAAAAAGAACAAUUUCAACUUCAACUUGAAGAGAUGAUGGAAGAACUGGAUGAAUUGAAAAAAGAGAAAAACAAUUUAGCAAAAACAAAUAUUAAGAAUUUGGAGACACUUAUGCAUGAGAUCGAUCAAAUCGAAGAGACCAACAUAGGACUGAGAGAAACCAUUGAGACUGAGAAGAAGAGAUACCAAUCAGCGGUCGAUACAAUUCAGCAACUGAAGGAAGAGUUGGCCAAUAGCAUGAGUGGUGAGAUGCCAAAUCUUGGAAGCACAUUGUCCAUUCCAAGAAAUGUAUCUUCACAAGUAAUGUUGGAAUUCAAGGUAGACGAUGGUGUUGUAUCGAAAGUAAAGUUGGUUCAAGCAAAGGUAAAAGAUGAUUCCAAUCCAAAGGAAGGUAUUGGACUCUCGUUAUCAUCCAGUGGAAUUCCAACAUCAGUAAUCGACAUGGAAGAGGAGAGAAAUGAACUUCUUAAGAAGUUACUUUUCGAAAAGGAAAAUCAUGGAAAAACUUUAACUGCCUUGAGAGAAGAGAAAUUAAAGUCUGAAUCCAACAAAACAUCCGUAGAUGAAUUAGUUAAAAAGAUUAAAGAAUUAAUUAAACUACACUCUUCAACAUUGAAAGAGUUGGAUGAAGAAAGGGAAUUAAGUCAACAAAGAGCUGACCAAAUUAAUGAUUUAAGAUUACAAAUAUCAAGGCCAACUACAACAACUCAAAAACUUCAAAGAACUCAUUCACAAUUUAUUACAAUGAAGAGAACACCACCAAUGAAUGGAAGUAGAUCCAACUCUAUUUGCUCAACUGCCACUGAGAUACCUCAGUUGUCACCUAGUUCAUCGAUUAGCAAUGGUAGUUCGAAAGACGCUGCCAAGAAGUUGACACAACUGAUUAGUAGUCUACCAUGUCCUGCUCCUCCUGAUUCUAUGAAGCAGACGACACCACCUUCCAACUCAUCGGAUAGAGUGUCCCCAGUAACUGCGUCAAACAUAUCUUCUCUUACCUCUGGAAUCAGUACUACCACACCUCCACCGGCCACAACUACUCCACUCUCAAACUCAAUGGAUGAGAAUCUCCUCUCCAAAGACAUUAUGUUUAGAGAGAAUACAACACUGCGUUGUGAAUCAUCGGCUGAACUAAGAGCUCUAAGAAGAAGUGCUGCCUCAUUUGAUUUGAAUGCGUCGUCCAAACGAAUGGUCAAAGUCAACUCGUUGUUGGGACACAAUGAGAAUAUGAUCAGUUGGUUGAACAACGAUCCUACACCUGCACCCAUUCAAUGUAUGGCAGAAGUUGGAAAGCAUGUAUGGGUCGGUUGUAGUGAUGGAUCGAUUCGCGUCAUGGACAAAGACAUGCAUACCACCGUUGCAACUCGUCCUGGACACUCUCCACACGGUGUAUAUACCUUGGUUGUAGUUGGUAAAACAGUAUGGAGUUCCAGUCGUGAUUCCAAGAUCAAGGUUUGGAGUGCCAAGAGUGGUAAAUUACUCAAAGAACUGGAUGGUCAUUCCAGUCACGUUACAUCGCUACUGUUGGUGGGCCAAAACAUCUGGUCGAUCUCUGCCGAUAUGGCAAUCCGUGUGUGGUCUAUCUCUUCAUAUCGUUGCAUCAAAAAGAUAGAAACAAAGAGCUAUCUUGUCAGCAUGGCCAAGUUUAACAACCAAAUUUGGAUUGGUACUGAAAGUUCGAUCCUCAGAUGGGACUCCACUACUUUCGAGCAGAUCGACACGCUUCAGGGUCAUAAGAAGAUGGUGCACUGCAUGAUACCCGUUGACAAUUAUAUCUGGUCGUGCUCCAGUGAUAACCUUGUGUGUCUCUGGGAUCCAAACACCGGUAAACUAGUCAAGAGAUUAACAGACCACAAGAGUAGAGUAUUCUACCUGUUGCGAGUGAACAACCAUGUUUGGUCAUGUGCAUGGGACCGAACCAUAAAGAUUCACCACGUAGAGACACUGGAGCUUGUCAAGGAGAUAGAACCGGUGCAUCGUGAUGCGCUCAGCUGCCUCACUCUUAUCAAGAAGGCAAACACUCUGACCUCACAAAUCUGGUCAGGAUCGUGGGAUCACACCAUUAUCAUUUGGAAGACAUCCGAUCCAACACCCAACUCUGCUGCUCUCAACAGCUUCAACACAUUCUCUGGUGCCCAUACCACACUUGAUUCACAAGCAUCUUCAUCGUCCAGCGGAGUCAGUAGCAAUCCAACACCUGUACCCUCGAGAAAGAGUAGUUCAUCUAGUAAUAACUUAACAAACAGCAGCAGCAGCAAUAACAAUAACAACAACAAUAAUAGUAGUAGCGCCAGUAAUCAGCCAAGUAACAAUACGAAAUCUGAGAAGAGCACCAAGAGAGGAUCAGUUAGAUUGUCAAUGUUCUUUGGAAAUAGAGAUGUCAAUGCUACCACUUCAACUCCCAACCUCACUUCGGGAUCGGCCAUUCCUACACCUAGCUCCUCGAGCACUUCACAUCUACCCAUUGUGGUACCAACACCGAUCGUUUCAACGCAACCGCCAAUCACCUCACCAAAGAUGUCAACUUCACCACGUAGCGGAAUAUUCUCGCUGCUCUCGCCACGCUCACAAUCGGUGGCAACUCUAGAGAAGUUAGCAUCGCCACCCUCUCGAGCAUUCUCACUGUCCGACUUUGAGAAACCAUCGGGUGCACUCAUUCCACAUGAUCUUAUCAAAGUAAAUCAAAACCAUUCUGUUAUGUGUAAUAUUUGUCAGACUAAAAUAACAAGUGCAUGGGGUAAGAAACAAGUUAAUAUGAGUUCACCAAUUCAAAGACUUAGUGUUAUUAAUAAACACUUGACAGAAAACAAUAACAUGUCUGAAUUAGAAAUCAAUAAUGUUGGAGCAAACGGUGAAGCUGAUAAGAAGAAGGAAGAUUUCCAAAACUUUUUGGAUAUCUUACCAAUCUUGACAAAAGAGAUUCUCAAGGAUUUACCAAGUAUGGAUAUUCCAGCACAACAACAACAGUGGAUUAGCAGAUUGAUUGAUUCUAGUGUUGCCGGUGGUAAGAUGAAUCGUGGUCUCACCGUUGUCCACUCAUUGCAAUUGUUGGUAGAGGGUCGUCAAUUGACUCGUUCAGAGGUGUUCCAAGCCAACGUUUUAGGAUGGUGCGUCGAAUGGCUCCAAGCUUUCUUCUUGGUCGCCGACGACAUCAUGGACCAGUCGAUCACACGUCGUGGUCAACCAUGCUGGUACCGUACACGUAACAUGCUCUCGAGUGAGCCAAACGCCACCGUUGGAUCGAUCGCCAUCAACGACGCUUUCAUCUUGGAGUCAUGCAUCUACAUUCUCGUCAAGAAGUACUUUAGAAACGAGUCGUACUAUGCCGAUCUUCUCGAUCUCUUCCACGAGACAUCGUACCAAACCGAACUCGGACAACUGCUCGAUCUCACCACCCAACCAAAUCGUGGUGACUUCUCGAUGUACUCGCUCGACACCUACCGUCGUAUCGUUAAAUACAAGACCGCCUACUACUCGUUCUACUUGCCAGUUGCGUUGGCUAUGUUGAUGGCCGGUAUCACCAGCAAGCCAGCUUUCGACACCGCCAAGGACAUCCUCUUGCCAAUGGGAGAGUACUUCCAAGUGCAAGACGACUACCUCGACUGCUACGGUGAUCCAAAGGUCAUUGGAAAGAUCGGUCGUGAUAUCGAGGAGAACAAGUGCACCUGGCUCGUCUGUCAGGCCGUACUCAACGCCAAUCCAGAGCAAAUUGUUCAUCUCAAGAAGGUCUACGGUCGUGAGGCACCAGCGGAUGUCGCUGCCGUCAAGAAGAUCUAUGCUGAAAUUGGAAUCGAGAGAAUCUUUAAGAAAUACGAAGAUGAAAGCCACCAAAUGCUCGUCGAGAAGAUCAAAAACGUUAAAAUCAUGCCACAAGAAGUCUUUUACAAGUUGUUGUCCAAGAUCUACAAGAGAAACGUUUAA